AUGGCAUCAGAACAUAAGGAUUGUGAUGGAAGAAUUCGAUGUCCUUGUCCUGAGGAUGUUGUCGAUGAUGUAGCAGUUGUCGAUGUUGAAUCAGAGGAUGAAAUGAUUCCUAUUCUAGAAGACUUCUUUCCCUCGACAACAGAGGAUGUACAAGGAGAAGAUGAACAACCAACCACAAACCCUCAUUUUGAUGACUUAUUUGAGGAAAUUGAAGCUGGAUUUUUGUAUAAUUGUUGCCUAUUUUAUAAGGAGAAUGCAUCCAAGGAGGCUUGUCUAGUUUGCGGAACUAGUCGUUGGGUUACUUCCGAGAACGGCAAAGCAAAAAAAGUUCCUUGCAAAGUCAUGCGAUACUUUCCGUUGACACCUCGACUUAAAAGAUUAUAUAGUUCGAGGAUUACAGCGAAGAGCAUGAUAUGGCAUCAUACUGGAAAAUCAAAAGAUGAUGGGGUGUUGCGACACUCGGUCGAUGGUUUAGCUUGGAAAGACUUUGAUGCAAAACAUCCCGAGUUUGCAAGGGACCCAAGAAAUGUUCGACUUGGGUUAGCUGCUGAUGGAUUUAAUCCAUUUGGCAACAUGAGUCUUGCAUACAGCAUGUGGCCAGUAGUGUUGGCUAACUAUAAUCUACCACCUUGGUUAUGUAUGAAAGAUAAUUAUUUUUUUCUAUCUACCCUAAUUCCUGGUGCAAAAUCUCCUGGUAAGGACAUGGAUAUAUUUUUAAGACCUUUGGUGGAUGAAUUAAAGGAGUUGUGGAAUAAUGGGGUACCAACGAGAGAUAGUUCGACCAACUCGAUGUUCACCAUGCGUGCUGCGCUUUUGUGGACAGUGAAUGAUUUUCCUGCUCGUAGUAGCUUGUCUGGGUGGAGUGGUCAAGGUUAUAAAGCUUGCCCUACUUGUAAUGAAGACACGACGUCCAUUCGAGUGAUCGGGAAGACAUCAUAUGUUGGUCAUCGAAGGUUCUUGCCAAGUAACCAUGCAAUGAGAAGGGAUACUCGAUUUGAUGGUAAAGUUGAAAGAAGACAUCCUCCAAGACGAUUUACUUGUGAAGAGAUAUUAUCACAAGUUAAUACUCUCGAACCCCAAAUUCCCGGACAUCAUGAAAAUUUUAGGGGCGUGAAACGUAGAAGAGUUGCAGAAACUUGUAAUUGGAGGAAAAAAAGUAUUUUCUACGAGUUGGAGUAUUGGAGCACGAAUAUUUUAAAACACAACAUUGAUGUCAUGCAUGUUGAGAAGAAUGUGUGUGAUAGUCUCCUAGGAACCAUCUUGGAUAAUGAUAAAUCAAAGGACACAACCAAUGCGCGACAUGAUUUAAAGAAGAUGGGUAUUAGGGAAUCGUUGUGGAUUUAUUAUGAAGAUGGGAAUGGGAGGCUAAUGAAACCGCAUGCUCCUUAUGUUUUGACUCGUGAGAAAAGACAACUUUUUUGUCAGUUUGUUAAAGGAAUAAAGUUUCCCGAUGGCUUCUGUUCAAAUUUAAAGAGCGAAGUUUCUCCAGAUGAGUCUAACAUUAUUGGGUUAAAAUCCCACGAUUGUCAUGUCAUUAUGCAGCGAGUACUAGCGGUUGGUGUCCGUAAAUUUCUACCUCGUGACACUGCAACAACUAUUACUCAGCUGUCGAUAUUGGGUGGCCCGGUCUUUAUGAGAUGGAUGUAUCCUUUUGAAAGGUACAUGAAAAAAUUGAAGAAUUAUGUGGGAAACAAGGCACGUCCUGAAGGGUCAAUUGCAGAAGGUUAUGUUGCUGAUGAGGCAGUAACCUUUUGUUCAAUGUACUUUAAAGGGUCUGAAACAAGAUUUAAUCGGCUUGAUCGAAAUGAAGAUGCGCCUUCUGUGUGUCGCUAUCUCUCAGUUUUUAAUUCUCAAUCUCGUCCUUUAACUAGCGGAAUUAUCAAGCCUCUUGAUCAUAUCGGUCGUGAAAAAGCUGAGUGGUAUAUUCUUCAAAAUUCUCCUGAAAUCCAAGCUUACUUAGAUGAACAUUUGGACAAGAUCAGGCAUGAAUAUCCUAAUGGUAAUCAUGAUGUCUUGCAUAGGCAAACUUUCCGUCCGUGGUUUCAUAAGAAGAUAUAUGAGUUGCAGAAGCUUGGAACUUUACAAAAUGGUGAUGAGUUACUCGCUCUAGCUUCUGGGUCCGAUUACUUAGCAACAUUUUACGAAGGUUGUGUAGUGAAUGGUGUUCGGUUUAUUGCGUCGAAGCGAGACCAAAAGCGGAAGACACAAAAUAGUGGUGUUACUAUUGCUGGAACUGAAGGGUUCAAUUACUACGGCACACUUGAAGAUGUUAUCACUAUAUCUUAUACUGGUGCAUAUACAGUGACAUUGUUUGAAUGUAAAUGGUAUAACACUAAUCCAUUAAGAAAGAAGACAAUCACUGAAAAUAAUAUAACCAGUAUAAAUACUCGUGGAUAUUGGUAUCAAGAUGAACCGUACAUCCUUGCUAACCAGGCGAAGCAAGUUUUCUAUCUUGAAGAUCCACUCAGAGGUCGCGAUUGGAAGGUUGUUGAAGAUAUUAGCCAUCGACAAAUUUGGGACAUUAAUGACAAUGAAGAUGAGAUUGAUGUUGAUGUUGUUAGUGAUUCUAACUCUUCCAAUUUUGUGUUGACUGUUGAUGUAACGCCCUAA